GCGACCCACUAUCUCCAAAUCAUGUGCAAAGGCUUUGGCGUUUGGAGAAGUUAGAUAAACGCCUUUUGAAGUGGUCACUCGGUCGGCAUUGAAAAUGUGCAAGUUUGCUUUACUCUGGUUGUUUUUGGUAGCUUUGGUUACUUUUGUGAGAAGUGACACCCCGGCUAAUUGUACUUUUGAAAGUAUACGAGGUGCCUGGACUUUUUCAAUCGGGCAGGGCGGUGGAGACAAUACCAUUAACUGCACUGCAGAUUUUAAGCCAGUCUCCGAAUACGAUGUAGUCCUGUAUUUCCCAGAUGUCGCCUUUGACCAAUAUGGAAACCAAGGAAGAUGGACCCUGAUCUACAACCAAGGAUUCGAGGUCAGAAUCAACAAGAAGAGGUUCUUCGCCUUCUCCAAAUACACUCAAGAUGGGAAGAAAGUGACCAGCUACUGCUCCCAGACCUUCCCUGGAUGGGUGCACGAUGACGACGAACGAAACUGGGCCUGCUAUUCCGGGCAGAAGAAGGGAGACGAGAUGCCGAAGCAGCAUCAACUCCACAGAUCCGAGUUUUUUAAUAAUUGGAAAUACAAGAGCAAUGCCGAAUUUAUCCAAAGAAUCAACAAGCAUCAAAAGUCUUGGACAGCUACAGUGUAUCCGGAAUACUCUGGCAUGAUGCUUUCAGACAUGACAAGACGCUCUGGUGGUCGAAGAUCUGCCGAUGCUUUCCCAAAAACAGCAAGAGUUCUACCAGAAACACAGAAAGUGGCCGACAGAUUACCAAAGAAUUUCGAUUGGAGAGACGUAAACGGACAGAACUUUGUAUCACCGGUCCGAAAUCAGAAAACCUGCGGUAGUUGCUAUGCCUUUGGAUCCAUGGCUCUCCAUGAAGCUCGGUUGAGGAUUGCUACCAAUAACACCGUCCAGAAGGUCUUCUCGACGCAGGAUAUUGUCAGCUGUUCGGAAUACUCUCAAGGCUGCGAUGGCGGUUUCCCUUACCUUAUUGCUGGCAAAUACGGACAGGAUUUCGGAUUAAUCGAAGACUCCUGUUUCACGUACAAGGCAAAGGACGUUAAAUGUAUCACUACGACCUGUCCAAGAUAUUACACCAGGGACUAUUAUUAUGUCGGAGGGUUUUAUGGCGGUUGUAAUGAGGCUUUGAUGAGGAUUGAGGUAGCGAAGUACGGACCAGUUGCAGUUAGUUUCCAAGUCUACCCUGACUUUCAACAUUAUAAGAGUGGAAUAUACCACCACACGGAGCUGUUGGACCGGUUUAACCCGUGGGAGAUCACCAACCACGUGGUGCUGAUUGUGGGGUACGGUCAGGAUGCGGACUCUGGUGAAAAAUACUGGAUUGUGAAGAACAGCUGGGGGGAGACAUGGGGUGAGGAGGGAUUCUUCCGUAUUAGCCGGGGAAAUGACGAGUGCAGCAUUGAAAGCAUGGUCGUUGGAACCCUUCCAAUCUUAUAAACUUGGUUUUCUGUACUACAGAAAAUAAUAAUGCACGUACGAGAUGAUCCAAAUGCAAACUUGAUCAGUCCACUUCAUUUUUAGGUGGUUUAAGUAGUAAUAGAUGUAAUAGACAAUAUAUGCUUGGCUUGUAUAGUAUAUACCAUUAAUACCCUGGAAUAAAGUGGACUGAUCUGGUUUAGAUUUAGGACUAUAGUGAGAAAUACUUGUGCACGUACGAAGGCCAUAUUAAAAGGCAAACUUGAUCAGUCCAUUAUAUUUUUAGGUAGUUUGAAUAGUAAUGAACACAAUGUGUCUGGCUUGUAUAGUAUAUAUACCAGUUAUGCCACCCAAAAAAUAAAAUGGACUCGUCAAGCCUACGUUGGAAAGUUCCUCGUACGUGCACACAUUACUUUAAGCGACUAUUCAUUGCUCUAUUGCUAUAAUCGAUACGGCUUUCUUUGUAAAUAAAUUGUUCAUGGUUCUAUGCAAUGUAAAUGCGUUAUCUAUGCUUCUAUGCAAUGUAAAUAUAAUUUGAUUUGUAAAUAAAUUGGUCCAUGCUUCUAUGCAUCAUAU